AUGGCCGACUACUUUGCCCCAGAUGCACUCUUCGCUGACCAUUUUCGCCGGUGUUUUCGGAUGUGCAAGACUUUCUUCGUCCGUUUGUACCAUGGUGUCCGGUCCUAUGAUGACUACUUCAUCUUGAAGAAGGACGUCGUGGGAAUGAUUGGCUUCUCUGGUUACCAGAAGUGCACGGCCGCACUACGGAUGCUUGCAUAUGGCACGGUCGCUGAUUCGUGGGACGAGUACCUACGUAUGUCUGAGAGCACAUACGGAGAUGCGAUGGUCAGGUUUGCAACUGCCGUGGUCGAGGUGUUCGGGCCUCAGUAUCUGAGAGAACCAACUGUGGCAAACACCGAGAGGCUCUUGACAAUCUCAGAAGCAAGAGGGUGA